UCUCUUUCUGGCUGCUCCUCCCGCCCGAGCCUCCCCGGCCUCUCUCUCUCUCUCUCUGCUCCCUGUUUACUGCAAGUCUCGUCCGCCUCAGUUCAUCUGCAGCUGCAGGCAGCUCCUUCCAGUUCCCCCUUCUGCCGCCGUUCUGCCAUUCCUUUGCAGCUGAAGUCCAAGGGAAAGAGAUUCAGGUGCGAUAAGUAAAAUGGCUACGGCAGCCUUCAACAUUGUUCGCUUGGACCCGGGAUGCUUUUUCAAGGAUGCCAAUAUCACAAAGCCAAAGAUUUGGUGGGGCAGGAAGCUCUAUACUAAAGCAAUGGUAGCAUCAUCGCCGCGGACAUUGCAGGCUUCGAACGAUAAGGCCCAUGAGGAUGUCCGGGUUGCUGUUCUUGGAGCUAGUGGUUACACCGGUUCAGAGAUCAUCAGGCUCCUAGCAAACCAUCCUCACUUCCGUAUUACUGUAAUGACAGCAGAUAGGAAAGCUGGUCAAUCGAUAGGAUCAGUGUUUCCUCAUCUUAUCACCCAAGAUCUGCCAGAUAUGGUUGCGAUCAAGGAUGCAAAUUUUGGUGAUGUAGAUGCUGUCUUUUGCUGUUUGCCACAUGGAACAACACAGGAUAUAAUAAAAAGUCUUCCCAAAAAUUUGAGGGUGGUGGACCUUUCUGCAGAUUUCCGGUUACAAGACAUUUUAGAAUAUGAAGAAUGGUAUGGUCAGCCACAUAGAGCACCGGACUUGCAGAAAGAAGCUGUGUACGGUUUGACAGAGAUCUGGAGGGAGGAAAUACGAAAUGCCGGUCUUGUUGCUAAUCCUGGUUGUUAUCCAACUUCCAUUCAACUUCCUCUCAUUCCCUUAAUAAAGGCCAAUCUCAUAAAAUGCUCACAUAUCAUUAUUGACUCAAAAUCUGGUGUCAGCGGUGCAGGGCGUAGUCCUAAGGAGGCUAACUUAUUUACUGAAGUAUCAGAAGGCAUACAUGCAUAUGGCAUUACAAAACAUCGUCAUGUUCCGGAGAUUGAGCAGGGGUUAUCAGAUGUUGCACAUUCAAAAGUUACUGUUAGCUUUACCCCACAUCUUAUGCCAAUGAGCCGUGGCAUGCUAUCAACAAUAUACGUGGAAAUGGCACCAGGAGUGAGGAUUGAGGAUUUGCACGAUCAGUUGAAGGCCUACUAUGAGAAUGAGGAAUUUGUUUGCAUGUUAAAGAAGGGGGACACUCCUCAUACUCGAUUUGUUCGAGGAUCCAACUACUGCCAUGUGAAUGUUUUCCCCGAUCGAAAUCCUGGAAAAGCGAUAAUAAUAUCAGUGAUUGAUAACCUGGUGAAAGGAGCAUCUGGGCAGGCUCUACAGAACCUUAACCUGAUGAUGGGAUACCCAGAGACUACAGGCCUUCUCUCCCAGCCUCUGUUUCCUUAGUAACCCACUUGCCCAAAGUAAUGGCCUUUCUAGUUUUUUCCCGUCAUCUAUGUCCAUCAUGUUCAUUAGAAGUUUUGAGUGCUUAAAUAAGGGUUUUCGAGAGGCUCGUAUAUGUCCGAGAUAAACCCGAGCUUUUAUUCGAUUCUUGUCCACCUAAGCUGCUACUUGUGAUGCCGUGCUGUUUUAUCAAACGUAAGAAUUUAUCUGCUUUCCUACUGAGACUGUAGGAUGGAAUUUGAUCUGAUAUUGUAUCUAAUCUAUUAUCUUUUCAGGACAAAAGGUUGAUUGUCUUUA